GACCAAUCGUUGGCUGCAGUGCAUGAGGGAGACUGUUCCUUCGUCUUGGUCUGCCACUGCAAGUUGAGUAGAAGAGUUCCUUUUUCCUCACUUUCUCAGAGAUAAAGCAAAACACACACUCAAAACGCUUCGUUUUCUGAUCUUUCACCACCCAAUUCCAUUCUCUUGUUCUCACAAUUCCUUCGAUUCACAGAUUUUUUAGCAUCAAUCCGUUGAAGAUAUCUUGUAAGGCGUUUAUCUUGAGUUCUUGUGUGUGCAUGGAAUGGUGAUCCAUGAGGAAAGGAGAUUUGUGGACAGCAAAAACCGUGAUUUGUUUACAUAGAUGAAAACAGCAAAGUUUUGGUGCCUAAGCAUGGGUGAUAUGCAGAUCUUGCCUGGAUCUCGCUACCGUCCUUCCGUGAAGAAGCCAAUUUGGAUUAUUGUCCUGGUUUUGUUUGUGUGCGUGUUUCUCAUAUGUGCUUAUAUCUACCCCCUAAGAAGCAGUACAGCUUGUUAUGUUUUUCCUUCUAGAGGGUGCAAGGUUAUUGCUGAUCAGCUUCCACCUCUUCCUGCAAGGGAGUACACCGAUGAUGAGAUUGCAUCACAUGCUGUUAUUAGGGAUAUUUUAAACACACCACCAGUUUCACAAAAUCCAAAAAUUGCCUUCAUGUUUUUGACGCCUGGUUCUCUACCAUUUGAAAAAUUGUGGGAUAAAUUUUUCCAAGGUCAUGAAGGGAAGUUCUCUGUUUAUGUGCACGCAUCUAAGACUAAACCAGUUCAUGUGAGCCGUUAUUUUGUUAAUCGGGAUAUACGCAGCAGCCAGGUGGUAUGGGGUAAAAUUUCCAUGAUUGAUGCAGAGAGACGACUAUUGGCAAAUGCCCUACAAGAUCCUGAUAACCAGCAAUUUGUUUUACUUUCUGAUAGCUGUGUGCCACUCUUUAAUUUUGACUAUAUUUUUCAUUAUCUGGUACACACAAAUAUCAGCUUCGUGGACAGUUUUCGGGAUCCUGGUCCUCAUGGCAAUGGCAGGUAUUCAGAACAUAUGUUACCUGAAGUGGAGAUUAAGGACUUCAGAAAGGGUGCUCAGUGGUUUUCUAUGAAGCGGCAGCAUGCUGAUAUAGUUGUGGCUGACCAUCUUUAUUACUCAAAAUUUCAGGAUUUCUGUCAGCCUGGUUUUGAAGGGAAAAAUUGCAUUGCGGAUGAGCAUUACUUACCCACCUUCUUCAAGAUUGUCGAUCCUGGUGGAAUUGCGAACUGGUCAGUAACUCACGUUGACUGGUCUGAGAGGAAAUGGCAUCCAAAAUCCUAUAAGGCUCAAGAUGUUACAUAUGGGCUUUUAAAGAAUAUCACGUCCAUUGAUGUAAGUGUGCACGUCACCAGUGAGAAGAAGAAUGAAGUGCAAAGAUGGCCUUGUUUAUGGAAUGGGAUUCAGAAGCCAUGUUACCUAUUUGCUAGGAAAUUCACUCCUGGAACACUGGACAAUUUGUUGCAGCUUUUUUCAAAUUACUCAUCAUUUUGAGGCAGUACUUUUUUUCGCCAAUAAUUGUUAGAUCAGAUGUAGCCUUCAGCCCCCAUCUUGGUUUCUCAUGGGGAAAAGGGGAUUGUAAAUAACAGCAUUAUUGAGGUUUGAUCAUUUGCCAACACUGUCAUUGCAGGUAGGGUGGCCUAAUGUACAGAUAGGAGGCUUGAUUUUAUGGCCUUAGGGAUUGAUAGCUUGACUCCCCCCUUUCCAUUUUGUGGGUUAUUGAAGUUUCCUAAUUUCUUGACAAAUUUUGGGGGAAUCAUAUAAAGCUCAUUUCGUGGUUGGUGGUAUUUGUUCAUCGUUAUGUGCUAUGAACAAAGCUUACCAGUAUUGCUAUCUCAUGCAAUGCUUAAAUUCGUGCAUGCUUUUCCUGUUUUUCACGCCAAAUCUAUUUGUUUUCGGUUUUCUUCUUAA